CGCCCCAUCGUUUGACCACAAAGAAACCCCCAGUUCCCCGUCUUUAUAUACCGCACACCGACCCCCGGUUGUUUCCAAGACUGGUAUAGUAUCAAACGAGAAUUAGAGAGGGGGAGAGGGAGUCUGGUGGAGUUACCGGCGGCGGCGAUGAUGGAGGAGAGGAUAAAGGGGCCGUGGAGCCCGGAGGAGGACGAGGCGCUGCGGCGGCUGAUCGAGAUUCAUGGCCCCCGGAACUGGUCGGCGAUAAGCAAGGGGGUGCCGGGGCGGUCGGGGAAGUCGUGCCGGCUGCGGUGGUGUAACCAGCUAUCGCCGGUGGUGGAGCACCGCCCCUUCACGGCGGAGGAGGACGAGGCCAUCGUCCGGGCACAUCGCCGCUUCGGCAACAAGUGGGCCACCAUCGCCCGCCUCCUCGCCGGCCGCACCGACAACGCCGUCAAGAACCACUGGAACGCCACCCUCAAGCGCCGCCUCUCCUCCCCUUCCGACGACGACGGCGAUCUCAACAAGCGAUGCCGCAGCACGCCCUCCAGAUCCGACGCCAGCGAUUUCUCGGGCUCGUCCUCGCCUCCGCCGCCUCCGCCGCCCGGCGGGGAGGACGAUCCGAUGACGGCGCUGACGCUGGCAUUGCCGGGAUAUGGAUCGGAUUCCGGCAAGGAGGAGACGGCGGCGGGGGUAGGGGGGAUUCGUCUGCCGCCGGAGAUGGAGGGUGCGAUGAGGGAGAUGGUGAGGAGGGAGGUGAGGAGUCAUAUGGAAGGGAGGGGGUAUGGUGUGCCUGAGGGAGCAGGGGUAAUGGGUCAGAUUAUCUGGGAGGAGGUGAGGAAUUACAUCGCGGAACUGGGGAAGACGCGGUAUGAUGUGCCUGUGGAUUGGCAGCACUGAGCUGGAGGAGGGUGGGUGUUGUUUCCCCCAUUUUGCUGUGACCGAGGGGAGAUUUUGCCAGAGGAGGUUGGGAAUCAUGGAAUGGGAAAUGGAGUGAAAAAAAAAAGAAAAGAAAAAGAAAAAGAGCGGUAGUAUGAGAUAGGAACCGUAUUUUGUUUCAUGUUUUAUGAUUUCUUCUCACAUUAAGAGCCGCUGAUAGAUAAAUAUCAAUCAUCUCGAUGUUUCAUUAGUAUUUUUUUUUGUUGUUUUGCGUAUAAUGUAAGAAAAUUUGUAUCUGGAUAGAGAAAAAACGUUGUUGUUCUAGCGUCUUCAAUUGUGUGUGUGAAAAAGGGCAAAGAAUUGGGGGAGGAUGAUAAAAUAUUUCUUGGAGACCUGGAGGUUAUGUUAGGCCAUGACACAUACGAUUUGUCCUAGAACCUUAGAAUUGUUUAAUAUAAUCGAGCUUGUCUCGUGCUA